GGGGAGCGGGAGCGCGCUUUCCGUGUCUGGUUAGUGGACUGACAGCCAGCUGUGCGGCGGCUAUAACGACAACAACAAACUUCUGGAUUUGCCACAUACAACUAGAUUAGUUUUGGUCUGCCCCUGAUCAUAAUCGUACACUGUAGCUAGUUUGGGAAGUGAGUACUCGACAGCACACGGCUACAACCAGUACCGUCGGCGGUUUCCGUGCUAACUAGCUAGAAGAGCAUUCCUCCAACAUGAAUCCGUUGUGUAGCAGAUGUAAUCUAGUCGUUUACCCCACGGAAAAAGUGAAUUGUCUGGACAAGUACUGGCAUAAAGGAUGCUUCAGCUGCGAGGUCUGCAAAAUGACUCUAAACAUGAAGAAUUACAAAGGCUUCGACAAGAGACCAUACUGCAAUGCACACUACCCCAAGACACAGUUCACCUGUGUGGCUGACACUCCAGAGAACCUCCGCCUCAAACAGCAGAGCAAGAUGCAGAGCCAGGUUCACUACAAGGAGGAUUUUGAGAAGAACAAAGGCAAAGGUUUCAGCCAGGUCGCAGACACGCCAGAGUUCCAGAGAAUUAAGAAAACGCAGGAACAAAUCAGCAAUGUUAGGUACCAUGAGGAGUUUGAGAAGAAGAAGACGGGAGGAGAUUCCCCACAUCAGCCGAGCAACCCCAGCCAAGCAGCUUACCAGCCGCCUGCAGCCUCUCAGAACUACCACUAUGACCCCGCUCCUGAACCGGUGCGCCAGGCGGCCGCCGCCCCUCCUCCCGGCACUGGGAAGCGGUACAGGGCCGUGUACGACUACUCUGCUGCCGACGAGGACGAGGUGUCCUUCGUAGACGGGGACGUGAUCGUAGAUGUGCAGCAGAUCGACGAGGGCUGGAUGUACGGCCGCGUGCAACGUACCGGCCAGCAGGGCAUGCUGCCCGCCAACUACGUGGAGGCCAUCUGAGCGAGAGGGAAAGAAAAAGAGGGAGAGAAAAAGGAGGAGGAGGAGGAGGUAGAGAAAGGGAGGGAAAGAAGGAAAGGAAAAGCCCAGUGCCAUCUCAUCUUAAUGCCGCUUUCUCUUGAUUUUACUCUUGUUCCCUAACCUGUCCUGUGAGACCCUGAACCCCCACCAUCUUCUGCAUCCCCGCCCUGCUCUUACUGUUCAGCUCCACCACAGACGCCCUCUACCUGUCUGGCUGUCCGUCUGUCUGUCUUUAUCUAUCUGUCUGUCUGCCUGCCUCUGUGUCUGUGCUGAUGUCCGUCUCCCUCGUUUCCCCAAUCCUGGCUCCACUGCCGUGCUGUCACAACUGGAAAUCAAAAGACUCAAAAGAUAAAGUCACGGUUCAUCGCAGUAUGUCAGGGGUCACGCCGUGUCACACAGCUCCAUCCUAGCUAUAGCACUUCACAGUCCUGACACAGCAUCGUGCAAACAGCGAAGCAGAAAAAAAGCCCUUUUCCCCACGAGUCCUUCGACAGAGCUGCAGACGUCUUUCUGUGGAAGAGUGCGAAGUGUGGGUGUGGCAUUUUCAUCGGCCUGUUGGUUUGUUUUCUGCCAUUCUUCAGUUUUGCAGUGUGAUCUUGGCCAGACUGGAAACAGAGUAGAAUCUCAGUCUUAUCAGCGCUAAGCUUGAAUUUUCUUGACUCGUGUACAUUCCUUUAACCUCUAACCCUGUUGCACCGGUUAGCCAGCUCUCGGUCUUAACAGAGAAGUUUUUAUUACAUUUAUAGACGCAGACACACAUCUUGCCGUUGUGUGCUCGAGAAGGCAAACCUCGUGUUCAGCACUGCAUUGUGGGUAUCGUAGUGAAACUGGAAUCGUAGCCUAACUGAAGAGCACCUCCUGUAGCUGCCUUUCUCAGGCCUGUUGGGUACAGGAGGAAUCAGGGACAAGUUAGGGGACAUUAUCAGUCCAUCUCUCGCAGCCACACUGAAUACAUCACCUCGGUUGGUGUGCAUAUACGACAUAUACACACACCCUUCUUCCUGUUUUUUUUGCAGCCUGAAUGCCUUCAGUCCUGUGAGAAUCACAGAGUUGUGGUGAUCACGGUUAAACUGCUUGGAGAAAGGAGAUGGGAACAGGUCAAGUCUUUCCCCCUUUUGUCCACAGCAUCACCAUCGCAGAAGACAAAUUUCUAAAGGAGAAGGUCAAGCACAACGCUUCAUUGUGAAUCUUUUUUUUUUAAAUCUUACAUUUAUUUCACUAUUUUUGUGAGUGAACAUUUCAGUCUUUUUGUUUUGUUUUUUUUUUUUUUCCAUUUAGUCGCCGUUGAAUCCUUGGCUGUGGUAAAUGUUGUCGACUUUCCUCAUGCUGUUCUUCUUUUGCCUUUCUUGUUAUUGUAAGAUGCUUAUUUUUAAAAAACAAAAACAAAAAAAGGAAGUGUAUUAAAUAAACCAGCAGCUCAAUUUAUGAACCAAGGAGGAAGAGUUUAUCUCGAGGGCAAAUCGCCCUCGCGGUAUUAGCUCAGUCGUGGGAUUAAUCUGAACCCUGCAGUGUCGGGUCAGAGCAGUGUGGGCCGCUUGUUUGGGGAAAUCGAGCCUGUUUCUGAUGGCUGGGACUCACGUUGUUUAAUAUUCUCCAGCUUCUGAUAAAGUAACGUUACAGAAUGACAUAAAGGCAGACCUGUCACCUGUGUGUCACGUCCGAGCACUGAUGCAAGGCACGUUUUUGAUAUGAGACUGGUGGAUGAGCCAAAAUUUACCAGCAUUUUGGUUGGCGGUGGGUCACUCAGAUGUAAACAAGGUUUGUUCAUAAACACAAAAUUAAGCAUUUAAGUUGCUGGCUGUGACACAGAAAUGCUCUGUCACUCGUUUAUUUCUGCGAGGACUAAAUUUGAAACAUAUUUGACCAUUUCUCAGUGGUGUAAAUGAUCACAUCGGCCCCUGACACACACACCUUCCUCUUUCUCUUGGUGUUUCAUUCUCCUGUGAUGCACUGUGACUGUCGCGGACAUGAGCGAUCAGGGUGGUGUGUUUUUAGGUGGGGACUGGGGAAAAUGUUCAGCUUUAUUAAAAUAAAAAAGGCUCUCACUAUGUAGCUAGACGACAUUGUACAAUUGUAUAUGUAUCAUAAAGGUGAUUUAGGGAAAAUGUUUUUACAGGUCAUGGUGCUCUGGAACGUGGCUUGCCUGCAGAUAAAAGUGGUUCGUAUUUUUUGUGAAUGUGGCUGACAGGAAGUAACAUGAUUUCUUAAAAAGUUGACUCAUGGAAAAAUCCGGUUUGAUGCAAGUUGGUGUUGAACUUUCAUAAAAAUUUCGCGACCUUCUAAUGUGAGUAGCAGUCACAGUGCUGAUGUAAAUGGUCUGUGAAUCAGGAAAAAAAAAGCUCAAGCUGGUUUGUAGUUUGCCUAACAAAGUGAGCGAACGCACCGUAUGGAUGCCUGUAUUUUGUAUCAACCUCUACUUGACAACAGGACAAGUUUAUUUGCAAAACAGAUGCUGGAUCAGGAAGUUGUUUUAACGCUCACAGUCGUGCUUGUCUUAAACCGAAGAGCUGACGGUUCGGCUUGAAGUGGAAGGAGUGUUGGAUUACGAUGAUGUUUCUUGUUAAGUUAUAAAUCUGAGCAAAGCUACCCACACUGGUGGCCUCUGUUAGUCUACAGCCGAUCCGAUCUUUGUGUUGUCUCGAUGGUGUUUUGUCAGUGGGUCUUCUGGGUGAAAUGAAUUGGAAGAAGAAAAAAAAAAAAAAGUGGCCAAAGACAGCCAGUGUUGUGUAAGUGUGGCUCAGGAUGGAUUUGCUGAGGGCAAAAGUUAAAUUUGAGCGUGUGACGGUGUAAGUGUGUGAGGCUGGGGGGUGGCGACAGAGGGCAGUGGUCUGAUGCUCUCAGCCUCCCAGGCUGUGAGGCAGGGCAAGCUGUUGGUCUGACCUGAAUAUUAGUCAGGAGUUAACCUCUUUGCGCCAAAAUGCCACUCUUCUGCUCUGGCAUCACUCGUCUACUGAACCGUUAACAUCAUAUCAUAACCGUGUUUCCAUUCAGUUUCUGCCUAGUAUCCUGUCCGCCAGUCUGCUGAGAUCCCUCUUUCCUUCAGCCUUCAUUGUAGGCUCCUGCGCUUCUGAUGAAUCAUUCCUUGCUUCUAUGAUACUGGUUAUAUACUGUAGACUUUGCAGAGUGAAAUCAUGUAAUACACAAUCGGGUUUAGCAUUCAGAGCGGUUUUGUGCAUUCCAUCUUAAAUUGUUUUGUUUUUGAUAUAAUUUUGUUAUUUUUUAAAUAAAAAAAAUAAAGUUACCAUAUGCAUAUUGACUUACACGUGUAUUCAAAACUCAUUAUUGAAUACAUACUCAGAAUUAAGGACCUGAUAUAUCAUCUCCUGUUGCCCUGUUACAGCACUUCAAAUUGUACUUAUGAUUCUGCAGAUUCAAUAAAAUGUCAUUUUUUUCUCAGA